AUGGCAAUAGUUCCGCUUCAUAAUUGUCUUUCAGUGAUCCUUUUUUAUGUGGUAUUUUGCUUUGGGAGUACUGCGGAGGGACACAUUGUAUAUACGGUGUCGGAAGAGACAAACCCGGGAACAACAGUCGGCAACCUUGCAAAGGAUUUAAACCUGAACUUACAGGAUAUAACCAAUCGGGGAUUUCAACUAGUAUCUGGAGCAAAUAAGAGGUAUUUCGAACUAAAUUCAAAAACUGGAUUUCUCCAUAUUAAUGACAGAAUAGAUAGAGAUGAGCUGUGCGGAAGGAGCUUAAAAUGUUCUUUCCCGUUGGAGGCUAUUGUUAAUGCGCCAUUAAACGUUUACCGCUUUGAAGUAAGCAUUAUAGAUAUUAAUGAUAACUCACCUACAUUUCGUUCCCCUGUGAAGUAUUUUAAUAUAUCAGAGUCUGCAUUUCCUGGGGAAAGAUUUCCAUUACCGACGGCGUUUGACGCGGAUGUGGGCAGCAAUUCAGUCAAGAGCUACAAACUGAGUGCGAAUGAGCACUUUUCUCUGGACGUACAGAGCGGAGGAGAGCAGAGUGUGUCUGCUGAAUUAGUGCUGCAGAAAGCUUUAGAUCGAGAAAAACAGCCGGUGAUCAAGCUCACACUGACCGCUGUAGACGGAGGAAAACCUCCAAGAUCAGGAACAAUAAAUAUAAUCGUCAAUAUUGAGGAUGUGAAUGAUAAUAUUCCUGUUUUCAGUAAGCCUCUAUUCAAAACUCGAGUAGUAGAAAAUUCACCGUUUGGCACCUCAGUGAUCCAAGUUCACGCCAGUGAUCCAGACGAGGGACCAAAUAGUGAAAUAGUGUAUUCAUUACUGAGUCAAGAUAAUGAAAAUAACGCAGAUGCAUUCGCAAUAGAUCCUGAAACCGGUGUUAUAACAGUGAAAGGCACUGUAGACUAUGAAAAAAACGCUGCUGUUGAAAUUAGAGUGCAAGCUAAAGACAAAGGCCAUAAACCACGAGCCGCGUACUGCAAAGUGCUGGUGGAGAUAACUGAUAUAAAUGACAAUACUCCGGAAAUUUCUGUUACCUCUUUAGUAAAUACAGUUAAGGAGGACGCAGCUAAUGGCACAGUGGUUAGCAUGAUAACUGUAUUAGAUAAUGAUGCUGGCAAAAACGGUGAAAUUCAGCUUAAGAUUAGAGAUUCAUUGCCAUUCAAAGUUCAGAACUCAUACAAGAAUUAUUAUACUUUAAUUGUAAACGGACAUUUAGAUCGAGAAACUGCGUCUGAGUAUAAUGUGACAAUCAGCGCUGCUGAUGAAGGGACUCCGCCUCUCUCUAGUACCAGUGUCAUUGCUGUUCACGUUUCUGAUGUCAAUGACAACGCGCCGCGCUUUCCAGAGCCCGUCAUUAAUGUGUAUGUGAAAGAGAACAGUCAGAUUGGAGCUGUUCUUCAUACAGUAUCUGCUGUUGAUCCUGAUGUAGGUGAUAAUGCCAGAAUAACAUAUUCUUUACUAGAAAGCUCUAAAAGCGGCCCGGUAACAUCCAUGAUCAACAUCAACUCCGACACUGGAGAUCUGCACAGUUUACAGUCGUUUAACUAUGAGGAGAUCAAAACAUUUGAGUUUAAAGUUCAGGCCACAGACUCUGGUGUUCCUCCGCUCAGCAGUAACGUGACUGUAAAUGUGUUUGUCCUGGAUGAGAAUGACAACAGUCCCGCGAUUCUCGCGCCCUAUUCCGAGCUCGGUUCCGUUAACACCGAGAACAUUCCCUAUUCUGCUGAGGCGGGCUACUUUGUGGCCAAGAUCAGGGCUGUAGAUGCAGAUUCCGGUUACAACGCGCUGUUGUCCUACCACAUCUCUGAGCCCAAAGGAAACAAUCUGUUCCGAAUCGGAACCAGCAGCGGGGAGAUCAGGACUAAGAGGAGAAUGAGUGACAAUGACCUGAAAACUCACCCGCUGGUCAUUUUGGUUUGUGAUAACGGAGAGCCCUCACUGUCAGCGACUGUGUCUAUUGAUGCUGUGGUUGUUGAAAGCGGAGGUGACGUCAAGACUCCAUUCAGACAUGCGCCGGUAAAGGAGGAGAGUUUCUCGGAUUUAAAUCUGUAUUUGCUGAUCGCCAUUGUGAGUGUGUCCGUCAUCUUUUUACUGAGCCUCAUCAGUUUGAUAGCUGUGAAAUGCCACAGGACAGACAGCAGUUUGGGCAGGUACAGCGCCCCGAUGAUCACCACACACCCUGACGGGAGCUGGUCUUACUCCAAAUCUACUCAGCAGUAUGACGUGUGUUUUAGCUCAGACACACUGAAGAGUGACGUAGUGGUUUUCCCCGCGCCAUUUCCGCCUGCAGAUGCAGAACUGAUCAGUAUUAAUGGAGGAGACACGUUCACCAGAACACAAACACUGCCUAAUAAAGAGAAGCCUAAAGUUCCCAGUUCAGACUGGAGAUAUUCGGCGUCCCUCAGAGCAGGAAUGCAAAGUUCUGUCCGUAUGGAGGAGUCCUCUGUGAUGCAGGGAGCUCAAGGAGUCCUGGUUCAGAACUGGCCCACCGUUUCCAGCGCUCCCGAUAAUGAGGGUGGAGAGGUGUCUCCACCUGUAGGCGCUGGAGUGGACAGCAACAGCUGGCAUUUCCGAUAUGGGCCGGGUCCCGGAGGCCCUCCGCACCUGAAACCCGGUGAAGUUCCUCCCGAAGCCUUCAUCAUCCCUGGAUCUCCGGCCAUUAUUUCCAUCAGACAAGGACAGGACGGUGACGACAAGAGCGACUUUAUUACCUUUGGGAAAAAGGAGGAGGCCAAGAAGUUAAAGAAGAAAAAGAAGAAGGAGAAGAAGGAUAAGCGGGAGAAAGGGAAGGAUGAUGAUGAUUAGAGAGACAGAGGAAGGAUGUCUUUUAAAAGACAGAAGUCUCAACGAAAGUCUGUAGAACAAAAAGUGUGCGUUUAUUAAGUCUGAGAUGCAUAUUUGGGAGCUCGUCCAAAUGUUUUCUUUUUACAAAAACGUUCCUGUUUGAUUACACAAAUACAUGGCAUCCCUUUCCAUUUCUUAAUGAUGAAACUGAUUAAUCUUGCCUGUUAGAUUACUGAUUAGUGUUCUCUACAAUUCAGACUGGAGUUGGUACGUCUGUCUUUUUCAUCCGAUUGGCUUUUGUUUUCCUUUUGAUAGGAAGACAAAAUCUGAUGUAUAAUGUUUGUUAGCUGUGUGCCGCUUCAAGUGUGUUAAAAUGCAGGAGGGAAAAAAAAAACUGCACAUGCUGGUGUAAAUAUGCAGGUCGAGGUGUGUGAAGACGCUAAGUUAACGCUUUUUGCUCAUUCACUUCUCCUGGUGCAGGAUGGGAGAAACAUCCUGUAAAACGAGAGACGCUGAUACAUACUUUCACACAGAGGACACAAAAAAAGUCUCACAUCCUCGAAAUAAA